GUAAAUACUGUUAAAAAUAAUAAAAAUAAUAUUAGUUAAGAGGCUAACACCUAAAAGUCAAGUCAAAUCAAGUCAAUGCUUUUAUUUCUAUUAGCAUCAAAACAAAAGAAAGCCAAGUGCACUUCUCAACAGCCAUUCAAAUCGGCAGGAGAGAAAAAAAUAGCAGGUGGCGCAACGAACGAAAUAGGACCUAUGUACUCUUGUUGCUCUUGAAAAGAAUAGCAUAGUAUAGUUGUUAUAUACAAAAUCAUGCUCUCCUCGUCUCCUCAGAACGCAUUUGCAUUCAGUACGAAACGCUUACUCCUCGCACGAGACGGUCAGGAAUUUCAAACGCGUCCCGUUCGAUCUUCUUUCCUUACCUCCCUCUCUCUCUCAUUUUUCAUGAAUUUCUCAUGACUUAUUUGUUAUUCAUUUUGUCAGUAAUGAUAGUGCUUUCUCGAUUAACGCAAUUAUUGACGCGCGGUUUUUUCAAAGAAAAAUUCGUAGAUCUUUAUGCAGAUAUUAUUCAUUGCAAUAUUUUGUUAAUUCCAAUAAAAUAUUAUAUGUUUUUUAAUCAUACGUUCAUUAACUUACAUAGUAAAGGGUUAAAUAUUUAAAUUUAAACUACUUUUUAAUGAAUAUUAUUCGUGUAAUAUAUCAUUCAUUUUUAACUUUAGAAAUUUCAUGAUUUUUUAUUGCAAAAAACAUUAUAAUUGAUAGUUGUCUUCUAUCCUUGUGGUAUUGACCAAGUUCUUUAUUUUGAAGGAUCAUCGUACUACCGCUAGACGGCUCCACCUUUACUUGCUCCCUGUAUAGCAAUGGUUCUCUUGAACAUUGCGCGUAUAGUAGAGAGGUGGUUCGCCUUCGGCAACGUUGAGAGCACCUGGAGGACGCGCGUGUGCCUCGUGCAAGAGACAGUCGAGACGUUAGUACGAUCGCGACGCUGUCGUUGGCACAGCCGGCUUACAAAGUGAGUCUUACCUUUUAUUUUUUCAAGUUUUUUCAAAAGGACCUCGUGCAUCCUCGCAAACAGGAGUUCAUCGUUCUUUUCAAAAAAUACUUUAUUUUAACGUUAAGAAAAGAAAGUGAAAUAAUUAAUUUGUUUCUUUUUUCCCUCCCACUUAUCUAAAAAGGUGAUCAAAGCAAUUGAAGGAAAAAUCUUAGAGUGUUUGAAGAAAAGAAGAUCUUUCUCUUUCACCGUCUUUCUGGGUAAAAGAAAAAAAGAAGAAAACAAUGUUAGUUUGCGAACCGGUUCUAAGUGAACUCGUACACGUGAAUAAAAGGGGUAGAACGUAGCUUCUCUCUUUCUCCGUCGCACAUACAUACGUACGCCGAGUAUUCAAAUUGAUUGAUCUUUCAUGAGUCCUUGGAGUGAAAGUGUGUCUGGAUUUUGAAAUCGACACCGUGGACGAGCUACUCGAAAUAUGAAGGAUUUAGCAACGGAUGACCUUGACAGAUCGAUAGUAAAAGAUGGCAGUGCAUUGAACCCGGAAGAAGAAAGAAGAACGUAGGCGAGGAUGGGACGACGGACACCUGGAUGAAGAUACAAGGUGAAGGCUAGCUUGGUAGAAGUAUUAAGAGGGUGUAAUGGCAAGCUGGAAAUGGAUUCUGCCUGUGUGUCUGGCGACACUAUGGCCACUCGUGGAAGGUUACCUAGCUGUACUAUCCUCGAGUACACCAGUUGGUACUAUUGUUUUCGAGGCAGGAGUACCGCAGUUAGGUGGUCGUCGAAAGUACGAAGUUUCCGACGAACGUACAGCAUGGUUCGCAAGGAAACUUCUCAAAGUUCAUCCACAUACUGGUCGUGUGACGUUGGCUAAGCAAUUAAGUUGCGAAGGUCUUCAAUAUCCUCGAAUUUUUACCUUCUACGUGGACUCCACGAGUUCGAGAUUAGGCAGACCAACCAUCGAUUAUUAUAGUUUGCCAUUGAGAAUAUUGAUAACUGGUUGUGGGGAAGAAAAUCGAGAUCUUGCUGCUACCAGAGGAUGGAUGGCAGAGACCUUGGCCUCUUAUGCUAUGCCAACUACGGAAAGGUUUAUCGAAGUUUGUUUGAGAACUUCGCAACUCGUCGCAGCUCUUCGAGAUUUUCUACCACAGACUGCAUUGAAAGAAUGUGAGACCAGAUGGGGUGGUGUCGCGGAUCCUCGUUUUUUGAUCGAAGGAGCAGGUGGAGAUUUAGUCUCGGCCUCGGAACAGUGUCUGGUAGAUCCCUUAUGGAAGGUUUCUGUGUCUAUGUAUUUGAGGUGUGAAGCGGAGUCUCAUUUAGCAGAUGCGGAACAUCGUUUGAAGAUCGUAUUCCAUCAUCGUCAACUGGACGAUACCGAUCUUGGUAGGAGAGUUAGAAGAGAGUUAAAAAAUCAAUCACCGUAUUUCGAGCAACCUCUCUACGUCGCAGCGAUCGAAGAAGAAAAGGAACCAGGUGUUUACGUGACGUCUGUUCGUGCUAGAGAUCCCGAAGGUGGUACAGUACGAUAUUCCAUGAGUCCUAUCUUGGAUUCUCGCUCUCAAACAUUGUUGGUAUUAGACCCAAUUACUGGUAGAGUAACCACACGUGCUAGAUUGGAUAGAGAAAACGUCAAUGUUCAUUACUUCCGAGUAUUGGCCGUGGACGAUUCGUUUCCACCAAGGACAGGUACUACGACACUUCAAGUGAACGUUUUAGAUGCGAACGAUCAUGCUCCCACCUUCGAGUGGCCAGAAUACGAUGCAUCGAUUAGAGAAGGUGUAUCAGUUGGUUCGACUGUUGUUAUAGUAAAAGCAACCGAUCAGGAUACCGGCAGAAAUGCCGAAGUCGAAUACUCGAUCGUUUCGACAAGCGGUGGUGGUACAACUGUUCACGCUGAAGAUACCUCGACCUUUAGAAUCGAUCCACGUUCUGGUGUAGUUACUACGAGGAUGCCACUCGACAGAGAGAAAACCGAGAUCUACACUGUGAUACUUUGCGUUACCGACUUGGCAACUCCACCAUCGAUACGUAAAACCUCGAAUGCCACUCUGAUCGUUCGUGUUCUCGACGACAAUGACAAUUACCCUCAGUUCACUGAACGUACAUUUUCUGUAUCAUUACCAGAGGAUCUUGAUUAUACUUCGAAUCCGAUCGUGGCUAGGAUAAGAGCAACUGAUGCAGAUGCGGGCAAUAAUGCUGCUGUAAGAUACGCUAUUAUCGGUGGUAACACACAAAGUCCUUUUUCCAUCGAUAAUAUGAGUGGGGAUGUUAUUCUCGUGAAGCCUUUGGAUUACGAAUCAAUGAGGAGUUAUAAAAUCGUCAUAAGAGCUCAAGACGGUGGAACACCACCGAGAUCAAACACUACUCAACUCUUGGUUCACGUAAAAGACGUCAAUGAUAAUGCACCCAGAUUUUACACCAGUCAUUUCCAAGAUGCAGUUGCUGAAAACGUUCCAAUCGGUUAUACGGUACUCAAAGUCCAGGCUUACGAUGCUGAUGAAGGUGUUAAUGCACAGAUUAAAUAUGUCAUAGCUUCUCGCGACUUCACCGGCGCAUCUACAGAAAAUUUUCCCAUCACUGUUAAUCCUGAUACUGGUUGGAUCUACACUACUAAACAAUUAGAUCGUGAAUUAUGUUCUAGGUAUCAAUUCACGGUAAUCGCUUCAGAUUCAGGCGAGGAACCAAAAUCCGCAAGUGCCACUGUCAUUUUAACAAUUUCCGAUGUAAACGACAACGAUCCUUCCUUUGAUCCAAAAAAUUACGAGGCUGUAGUGUCAGAAGAUGAUCCACCAGGCACUCCUGUGACAUCUGUUACCGCAACAGAUCCUGACGAAGAUGCAAAGAUACAUUAUGAGAUAACUGCAGGCAAUACAAGAGGUCGAUUUUCUAUAGCAUUUCAGAAUGGACGCGGUUUAAUUACAGUGGCUCAACCUUUAGAUUAUAAACAGGAAAAAAGAUUUGUAUUGACUGUAACAGCUUCGGACAGUGGUGGAAGAACUGACACUGCUUUGGUUUACGUGAACGUUUCCGAUGCAAAUAAUUUUUCACCAGUUUUUGAAAAUGCUCCCUAUUCGGUCUCGGUGUUUGAAGAUGCACCAAUUGGUACGACUGUUUUGGUGGUCAGUGCCACCGAUUCCGACGUUGGUAAAAAUGCUCAAGUUACUUAUAGUCUUGGAACGGACGGAGGUGAACAAGAAGCAGCAGAGUUUACGAUCAAUGCACAGACCGGUGCCAUUACUACAACUCGAACACUUGAUCGUGAAAAAGUUCCAGGCUACGUGUUAACUGUAACAGCUAGAGAUGGUGGUGUUCCACCUUUAUCUGAUACCACGGACAUCGAGAUAUCAGUCACCGACGUUAACGAUAAUGCACCAGUGUUUAAAGCUCCUCAAUACCAAGGUUCGAUACCUGAAGAUGUUCUGGUUGGCACGAGUGUGCUCGAAGUUUCUGCUACCGACGAAGAUAUAGAUCUCAAUGGCAGGGUAAGAUACGCAUUAGAAGAUAAUGGAGACGAUGCCUUCGCGAUAGAUCCAACCACAGGAAUAAUAAGAACUUCCAAAUCAUUGGAUCGAGAAUCCGUAGCAAGGUACACUCUGAAAGCCGUAGCUGCAGAUAGAGGUUCACCAUCGUUAUCUUCGGUGGUACCAGUCAUUGUAAAAAUCGAGGACGUCAAUGAUUCCCCUCCGGCAUUUGAAAACGAUAAAAUCAUACUUUAUAUCGCUGAAAAUUCUCCAGUGGGUUCGACCGUGGGCGAGAUUUACGCCCACGAUCCUGACGAAGGAUCCAAUGCUGUUGUCACUUAUUCUGUUAUCGGUGGUGAGGAUUCCAAAAGUUUUGCAUUGAAUGUUAGACCAGGUGGUGAUCGUGCAGAACUGGUUACUCUUGAAGAGCUUGAUUAUGAAUCACCAAAGAAGAAAUUCGAGUUAGUUGUUCGAGCAGCUUCCUCACCAUUACGAUCGGAUGCUUUAGUGCAAAUUAUGGUAACAGAUGUCAACGAUAAUGCACCAGUACUGAAAGAUUUUCAAAUCAUUUUCAAUAACUUCAAAGAUUUUUUCCCGACUUCUCCAAUUGGCAAGAUACCGGCUGUAGAUGCCGACGUUACCGAUAAACUGGUCUACAGCAUUCUCGCUGGUAAUAAUGCCAAUCUAAUAGAUUUGAAUAAAAUGACAGGCGAAAUCCGUCUCUCUCCACAAUUAAAUACAAAUGUACCACGAGUUGCUACGAUGGAGGUAUCAGUAACUGAUGGUGUCAAUGAAGCAAAGGCUACCAUGACUCUAUCAGUACGAUUAAUCACAGACGAGAUGCUCUUGAAUUCGAUAACAGUCAGACUUGACGAUAUGACGGUUGAAGCUUUUCUUAGUCCGCUGUUAGGAUAUUUUUUAGAUGGUCUUGCUGCCAUUAUACCUUGUCCAAGAGAAAACAUCUUUUUAUUUAGCAUUCAAGAGGAUGCAAAUGUGCAAGGGAAAAUAUUGAACGUUAGUUUCUCAGCUCGUAAAGUUGAACCAGGUACAUCCGAAGAGUUUUACAGUCCGCAGUUUCUUCAAGAACGAGUUUAUUUAAAUCGAGGAAUUCUGGCAAGGCUUGCAACUGUCACAGUGUUACCCUUCGACGAUAAUCUUUGCGUAAGGGAACCUUGUCUUAAUUUUGAGGAGUGUUUAACUGUAUUAAAAUUCGGAAAUGCUUCUGGUUUUGCUAGCAGCGAUACAGUUCUCUUUCGACCAAUUUAUCCAGUCACCACAUUCGCAUGCAAAUGUGCUAAAGGUUUUACUGGUAGCAGAGAAGCAUACUUGUGUGAUACAGAAGUGAAUUUAUGUUAUUCUAAUCCCUGUCAGAACGGUGGAACUUGUUAUCGAAGAGAAGGCGGAUACGCAUGUUCUUGCCCAUCCGAUUAUAUCGGAGAAAAUUGUCAAAUUUCAUUGGAAAAAAAUGCUUGCGAACCAGGCAUCUGUAAAGGUGGUUCACAGUGCACCAUUAAGAACACAGGAGGAUUUACUUGUGAAGGAUGUCCCGUAAGAGCUUUAGAAAAUGUUACUCCCUUGUGCGAACUGAAAGCUCGUAGUUUUGGACCAGCAACAUUUCUUACAUUCGGCUCAUUAAAACAACGUCACAGACUUCACGUGAAACUCAGAUUUGCUACGGAAUCAUCCGAUGGUCUGCUUCUUUACAAUGGUCGUUACAACGAAAAACAUGAUUUCGUGGCCUUGGAGAUAAUCGAAUCGCAUGUACAAUUUAGUUUCUCGCUUGGAGAUGAGAUUACCAGAGCAUCGGCUGAAAUCCCUGGAGGUGUAUCCGACGGACAAUGGCACGAAGUCGAAGUAUCUUACAUUAACAAAACAGUAACAAUUUCUUUGGACAACUGUGAUGUUGCUUUGGCAUUAGAACACGGUGAAAGAUUAGGUCCGAAAUGGGCUUGUGCCGGAAGAAGCGAGCAAGUACUCGAAGAUCGUUGCAGUCUUAUCACCGAGACAUGUCAUCGAUUUUUAGAUUUAACAGGACCUUUACAAUUAGGUGGCUUACCUGCCAUACCUUCAAACUUUCCAGUUAGAACUAAAGACUUUGUUGGGUGUAUCAGUGAUCUUUACAUCGAUCACGUAUUUGUCGAUCUUAAUUCGUUCGUCGCAGACAAUGGUACCAACGCUGGUUGUCCAGAAAAGAAUGCAUUUUGCUCUUCCCUUCCUUGCAAAAACAACGGCGAGUGUCGUGAAGUCUGGGACGGUUUCAUUUGCGAGUGUACCGAAAAUUUCGCUGGACCAACAUGCGAAGAAGAAGUUGGAAAGCCAUGGAAAUUUCACGGCGAUGGUUUGUUGAAUUUCAAUCCACUUCUCAGGCCAAUUCAACUACCGUGGCUGACGGCACUCAGUUUAAGAACAAGAGCAAAACAUGCGUUCGUUAUGGCAGUACAAAUUGGACAGAAUAGUUCGGUUCUGUUGGAGAUUCGCGAUGGAAAACUGGUUGCUUCGUUGGAUGGCACAGACAUCAUUAGAACUUGGAAUAACAUUGCUGAUGGUGAAUGGCACAGGCUCGAAGUACUUUGGCAAAGUGGCCACGUUUCUCUCGACAUGGACUAUCGCGAUAAACCUUUGACUUCAGUUCUCCCCGCGAAAUUACAAGGACUCUACGUGGGCAGAAUUUUAGUUGGUGGUCCAGAUCAAUCGAUAAACACUGAAUUACCAUUCUACGAUGGUUGUCUACAAGAUCUUAGAAUCGGUACAAACCAAAGUGUAUUGCAACGACCGACCGUUCAAGAGAAUGUCGAAACUGGCUGCAUAUCCGAAGCAGUCUGCAGCAUAGACUGUCCCGAAGCAUCGAUUUGUAUGACGAAAUGGCAAGCAAGUGAAUGCGUUUGCGCAGCUGGUAGAGUUGGACGAAAUUGCGAACUUGUUUGUGAUUUGAAUCCUUGUAACAAUACUGGUACUUGCAUCGAGGAUAAAGAAUUUCACCGAGGAUACAAAUGCGAAUGCAAUUCACCGGAAUACUCUGGAGAUUAUUGCGAGAUAAAAGCUGAUCAACCUUGUCCAGCAACAUGGUGGGGAUCACCGGUGUGUGGACCAUGUCAUUGUGACGAAUCUAAAGGCUAUGAUCCAGCUUGUAAUAAAACAACUGGUGAAUGUUAUUGUAAAGAGAACCAUUAUCAACCACCGGGUCAAAAGGAAUGCAUUCCCUGUGGAUGUUAUGCGAUUGGAAGUUUCGGGCCACGUUGCGAUACAGAAACUGGUCAGUGUCGUUGUCGUGUUGGUGUUAUCGGCCGAUCUUGUACAGCUUGUCCAAAUCCAUAUGCAGAAGUAACUUUACAUGGUUGCGAGGUGAUCUAUGAUGGUUGUCCAAGGUCUUAUGCAGAAGGUUUAUGGUGGCCUAGGACUAAAUUUGGAAUGACAGCUAUCGAAGAUUGUCCCAACACAGCCGAAGGAAAAACUUCGAGAUCUUGCGAUGAUAAACUUGGAGGAUGGCAACCACCCGAUCUUUUUAAUUGCACAUCAAAAGCUUUCGUUGAACAGAGACAUCAAUUAGCUGCUUUAGAGGCUCAAGAUCUUAUGUUAAAUACGUAUGUAGCUGUGAAAUUAGCAAAGGACGUACAUGAUGCUGCCAACAUGACGAAAAACAUGUACGGUGCAGAUUUACUCGUUGCAGAAUCUCUGUUAAUCGCAUUGCUUCGUUACGAGGAGAGUCUCAUUGGUCUUAACCUGACUCACAGUCAAGAUAAAGAUUACGUGGCUAAUCUUGCUGGCAUAGCUAGUGCAAUUUUACAGAAGAAAUAUAUCGAAAAUUGGAUAAGAAUCGAAUCUCUCAACGGCGACAGUCCAGACAAAAUUAUGAACGCAAUGGCUAAAUAUUUGAACACUUUGACUUCAUCUCAGCAUGAUACUUUUACCAGUCCCUUCGAAGUAGUUGAUCGUAAUAUAAUACUGGGAUUGGAUAUAGUAACUUCCGAAAGUCUUUUCGGUUUCGAAGCAUCAGAAUACAAAGAGGAUCCUUCGAUGUCCACUGCAAGACCAUCGGAAGCUGAUCGAAAAGUUGUUUUACCCGAUACUUCAACCUUUCUAAGUUCAACUGCACACUUCGGACCAUCGAUAAGUUUUCCAAAGUACAACAAUUACAUGGCAGAUCCAAAAAGAUUCGACACUCAUUCUAAGAUACAAGUACCUUUGAGUAUACUGGGUAUUAAACCAUUGGUUCAGGGAGAAUUGAACGUGAAAAAUAGUUUAAACAAUCAAAAAGCUGUAUUGAGUUACGUGCAAUAUAAAGAAUUAGGCUCCCUUUUACCUCAACGAUUCGAUGAUUCGGUGGCUGUUAGAUGGGGUGUUGAAGUAUCAGUAGGAUCACCUGUGAUGACUGUAUCUGUGUUAGUACCGUCCAAAAAUGGUUACGAAUCGUUGACUGGAAUUCCAUUGCAAUCGCCAGUUCAAGUAAGACUGUGGCUUAGCGAAAAUGACGAUUUUAAGACAAGGACCAAUCCACAGUGUGUUCAUUGGAGUACUGCAAGAGGAACUGGAGAAUGGAGUCGAAUGGGGUGUACAACGGAAGUGGAGGACAAUAGCUUGUCAUAUGGUUCGAUUGUCAAUUGUUCCUGCCUACAGUUGUCGACUUUCGCUGUGUUAACGGAUGUACUCGAUCUCGAAUACGUGCCUGAACCGUCCCUGUUAGAGGAUGUUACAAGUUACAGUGCUUUCAUGCUUGCCCUACCACUUUUACUUUCAGCUCUGCUCAUUUUAGCUUUGAUACGUGGCACAGGAACAAAUUCAAACAGUAUUCACAAAAAUCUCGUCCUCUGCGUGUUCCUCGGCGAAACGUUGUACCUGAUAGCUUUGAAAGCAAGAAGUCCAUUGGUCACCAAUGAAUUUCCAUGUAAAUUAACAGCUAUUGGUUUGCAUUACGCUUGGCUAAGUACUUUUGCUUGGACUUUGGUCGAUUCUAUUCAUCUUUAUCGAAUGCUCACUGAAAUGAGGGAUGUCAAUCAUGGACAGAUGAGAUUUUAUUAUACAAUGGGUUAUGGCAUGCCUGCAGUUAUCGUUGGUUUGACAAUCGGUGUCAGGGCGGAUCAAUACGGAAAUUUCUACUUUUGUUGGCUGUCGAUAUACGAAACAGUAAUUUGGUCUUUGAUAGGACCAGUUUGCGUGGCAGUGUUCGUUAACUUCUGUAUUCUCGUAAUGUCCAUAAGAGCAGCGUUUACAUUGAAAGAACACAUUAUGGGUUUUGGUAACUUGAGAACAUUACUUUGGUUAUCCGUUGCAUCAUUGCCCUUGCUUGGUUCCAUUUGGACUUUGGCAGUGUUGAACGCUUCUGAAACGUCACCGACUUUAUCGUAUUUGCUCAGUGUGGCAAUUGUCGUUCAUGCAGCGUUCAGUUUAAUUGGAUAUUGUUUCAUCAAUGGAAGAGUUAGAAGGAACCUGUACCUGAGUCUUUUGAGAUGUAUUGGAAAAAAGGCACCUUUAUUGGAAGGCAGCAUGGGCAAUGGAAGCAGCAGUCAAAAUGUUAAUGGUCAUUCGAGAUCGGCAUUAGCUUACUCGUCUACGUACAGUGGGGCCGAAUCAGUUUGUAGAAGAGUUCAUGUUGGUGUAUCGACAAGUAGUACGACUUCUCGAAGUACAAAUAAAACUGGUUCUAGCCCUUACCGCAGUGAUACACAUUUGAGACACACGUCAACGUCAACCAGCAAUUACAAUAGCGAUCGAGACCCUUACAUGUCGUCCAGGAGUCAACGAUCGGUUGUACAUCCUCGACAAGAGUCAAGUGAAUCGAGAAAUCCACGGAGAGAUUCUGAAUCCGAUUCCGACGGUUCUCAAGCCGAAGGCGGUGGGAGAAGUUUAGAUCUUGCUAGUUCACACAGUUCUGAUGAAGACGAUGUUACUUCGAGAUCUCACAGGAACAUGGGUGUUUCGGCUCAACAACCAGUAGCUCACAGCUAUCUUCCAAACAUUCACAGUAAUCCUGCCGAACACUUGAACAUACUUUGUUCGAAUGCUGAAUUAUUCCCUAACAUAAAACCGAUUUACGCACCGAGAUGGAGUUCCCAAUUACCAGAAGCCUAUCUUUCAUCCAAUGUGAUGGACGUACGAGGAAGUCAAUGGUCAGGUGGUACAAUGUCAGAUAACGAGAUGGCCUCUAAUAAAACGUCCAGUCCAAAUCCUUUACCAUAUCCUGAGAUGAGUUCACCGCAGAAGAGUCAGUUAGACGAAAAUUAUUCUGAAGGGGAAGAAAAGAUACAUCACGUUGGUGAAAAGUAUCUUUUCCCGUACACAGCCGAAGAGGAUCAUACGAUAUCACCGACACCAUACAUGUUAUCGAUGUCUUCGCGAAUUCUUGCUUCGAGCAUGAGCCAUCAUUCUCAGAAUUCAAAUCACGAGAAUAUGAGUGGUUCGGAGAGGUACGGUAGCUUGAAGAGAGGUCAAAGUUUGCAUGGAUCUCAACACGACAAUAUGAGUGGUUCCGAAAGGUAUGGAAGUUUGAAAAGAGGCAAGAUCACUCCAACCGUAUUGGAGGAUGCACCAGAAUUUAUUCUACCGAUGAGUGGUAGGAUAUUGUCCAGCUCGUUGACGCACGAUCUUCAACAUAGCAACGAAUUGGCAGCUCUGAGACAGCAGCAGCAACAACAGCCAUACGAACAGACGAUCACUGAGACUGACGAGGAGGAAGGAUACUAACGCGGAAACGUCCGUAUGAUCGUCGUCGCGACGUUUAGUCGUAUACAAAAAGAUAUCGUACAAAUUAAAAAAAAAAAGAAUUAGAGAUUAGAAAUCGAAAUGGCUUCGAUCGAUCAUUUCCAUCGCUCGAAUAAUAAAUUAUAACAAAAUAAUUGGAAGGAGGAGGAGGAUAAAUAAAUUCGAACGAUUGAAAU